AUGAAUGAACGGAAACCUUUCCAUCCGGCUGAAGGACGUCCAGUUGUUGAUUUGAAGCAAUAUCCAAUUCUCAACAAGUACGGUGCCAGUUACGAGUUUGAGAUACCUUUUAAUACGAGAUGUGGUGAAGACCAAGUGUGCCAGACUGACCUAGUACUGAAAGCAGUAUUUGUCGACAUACCAAAAACCGAGAAAGGAUACGUGUCGAAUGUGGGCGAUAAGGAUUAUCUAGACAUUACGUUCACGGUUGAAAAUCGUAAAGAAAAGGCGUAUCAAGCAGCGCUGUUUCUCACCUACGAUCCAGAAGAACUCGAACUUCCUAUGGUUGUCGGUAAGUUUGUGCCAUUGCUGAUCUUCUGUAGCUCACGUACUCUUCAAAUAAUGGGCUUUUUAGGAGGAGCAAAACUUGGCUGGGAGACAGUUGGCAAAAAUGUUGUUGUGGUUCACCUGGGAAAUCCAAUGGAUUCCAGUUCGAAGCACUCAUUCGAUCUUCGCUUCAAGCUAAUGCGUGGUAGGACAGAAGGAAUUGGCCGACCGCUCCAGUUCUCAGCCAUUGUCAAUUCUACUUCAAAGGAAACAAAUCCAGGAGACAAUGUCUGGAAAUCUGAGCUCCAGAUAAUCAAAAGGGCCGAGAUGGAACUUGUAGGAACAAGUGACCCUCCCCUUGUUCGACGAUCUUCAAUGGACUUGGAGGAGGACAUUGGUGUGAUGGUCCGUCAUAACUACACGCUACAUAACAAAGGACCGUGGACUGUUCGCAAUGUUUAUGCUAAGUCGAAUCACCUCGCCAAAAAGGAAAAUGGGCGCUCUACCUUCCUCGAUGUGCCUACUGUAACGAUCUACAACACUGACGGGACUGUGGAUAUCCGACGGUGUUCUGUUGAGCGAAAGCUUGACCAUGUGAAUCCAUUGGAUCAUAUCAAGCUUAACACGAAGUAUACAACGCAAGAGACAACACAUCAACCACCGGUCACGCGACGAGUGAAGCGGAACACAGAACAAGUCACAGUCGCGGAGGCCGGUUUUUUGCGUUCACGAAUAGAACCUCAUAAACGCAAGGAGAAUGGUGUCGAUGUUUCUGUUGUCACCAUUGGAUGCGCAGAGAAAACAGCAAAAUGCUUUACGGUAACGUGUCAUUUCGACUUCCUCGAUGCAAAUUCCGCUCCCGUUGUCGAUUUCCGGGCUCGAUUAUGGAACACGACUUUUAUUGAGGACUAUUCUGAUGUGGAGUAUGUUGAAAUUGCUUCAUAUGGAAGAAUUGAGUUGGACACAAGCCAAGGGAUUGAAGACGACCCCAGCAAUAAUGCAGUAAGCGUCAAAACGCUGGCAUACCCUGACAGACCUGCUCUUGGAUCUCGUCCUGUUCCAUGGUGGAUAAUCCUAGUCAGCGCCUUGAUUGGCCUUCUUAUUCUUCUAAUUGUGGUGUUGAUACUAUGGCGGUGUGGUUUUUUCAAAAGGAAAAAGUACGAGCCCAGCCUUUAUCGUGCCGAAUUACAGCACGAACGAGAACAGUGGAUGCAGUCACAAAUGUAG